ACGUAUCUUGCUCGAAGCUUGAAGAUCGUAGCCUGUCAUUCGUCACCGAGAAGAUAAAAGUACGUCGCACAUUAUCGUGCAGUUUACGAUAAAAAGACAUUUCUAAAAUAUUUUUUUUGGAAUGUUGGCUCGCGGCAAUUUUGCAAUCUCGUAAUAACCGUUAAACGUGAUUUGUGGACACACUGCAUCUAUUUGCCGGCACGCCCGAAGCCGCUUUCCGUUGCGCCGUUUGCGAUUAUGAACGGUCUUAAACUUAACUGACAGCCUCGCAAAUUCAGAUCAUAUAUAUAUAUAUAUAUAUAUAUAUAUAGAGAGAGAGAGAGAAAGAGAGAAAGAGAGAGAGAGAGAGAGAGAAAGAGCGAGAGAGUCAAAAUGCAGACAAUAAAGUGUGUUGUAGUAGGUGAUGGAGCAGUUGGUAAAACAUGUCUUCUUAUUUCUUAUACCACCAACAAGUUUCCUUCUGAAUAUGUGCCUACUGUUUUCGACAAUUACGCAGUUACUGUAAUGAUAGGAGGUGAUCCGUAUACAUUAGGAUUAUUUGACACAGCUGGUCAGGAAGAUUACGACAGACUGCGACCUUUAAGUUAUCCUCAGACUGAUGUUUUUCUGGUAUGUUUUUCUGUUGUAUCACCAUCAUCAUUUGAAAAUGUAAAAGAGAAGUGGGUGCCUGAAAUAACACAUCACUGUCAGAGAACUCCAUUUUUACUUGUUGGCACACAAAUUGAUUUGAGAGAUGAUUUGGCAACAACAGAAAAGCUUGCAAAAAACAAGCAGAAACCAAUAUCCGGGGAACAAGGUGAAAAACUCGCCAAGGAACUGAAAGCUGUAAAGUAUGUAGAGUGCAGUGCUUUGACACAGAAAGGUUUAAAAAACGUCUUUGACGAAGCUAUUCUGGCCGCGCUAGAGCCGCCCGAGCCGGUCAAGAAGAGAAAGUGUACGCUUUUGUAAGGCGACGAAGGUUCGUCAGCAAAAGAAGCAUGUAUGACGUGAAAACAAUCCUACGUAGUACAGGACGACAAUUUUUGUGUAGUAUAUAUACUAUAUUAAAAAAUAGAACUAAAUUUGCCUCUACACAUUUGUAAUCGCGGAAAGAAAAACCACGCAGACGGACCAGUUUAAAACUGCAUACACAUUCCAAGAGAUGUGCGACAACGACUCUGAAUCCGCAAGAUCGGGGAAAAUCUUUUCUACCACAAUGUUGACAGUCUUUUUUGAGGAAACUUAUUGCACAAAGCUUCAUUUUUCUGAUACGAUUUUGCGACAAAAGAGAACGAUCAGGAAGGGUGCGCCUGGGUGACUCGAGGUCGAUCUCGAGAUCGAGAGUUUUCGAUAAAACAUAAAUGGACGAACAAAGGCAAAUUGACGCCAUUGUUUAACAAUAUUCUUUUGUAUCGAAGCGUUUGCCGGGAAUAUACGUAACUAUCCGAGUCGCCGAUAUAUCACAGAAAUACUCGUUUAACUAAACAAACGUCCGAGUAUCUUUCGCUGAAACGGUUAUCCCGCGUUUUGAUAUGUAUAAAAUUUUCCGUUUCCGGCGACAUCAGUAUUAAUGAGACUUCUAUACGGUGAAUGUAUAAAACAAUAAAUAUAUAACAAAAAUCACA